UCCACGUGGUGCCAGGCAGGCGGCGGCGGUUGCCGGGGCGACGGCUGGACGAGGGGCGACCGGGCAGGGUAGGCGCAUGUGCCCGCGUCAGAGCAGCAGAGACUUCUGCUGUGAGAAUUAACAGUAACGGUUCAAUAUGGGGGACAUUCUGGCUCAUGAAUCAGAAUUACUUGGACUAGUGAAAGAGUAUUUAGAUUUUGCCGAAUUUGAAGACACCUUGAAAACAUUUUCAAAAGAAUGCAAAAUAAAAGGAAAACCGUUAUCUAAAUCAGCAUGUGGCUCUUUAAGGGACUCCAAAUCAUCGAUAAUCCAGAAGGACCUCCUUGCUGCGUUUGACAGUGGAGACCAGAAGGUGUUCUUCGAAUUGUGGGAGGGGCACAUUCCCAGUUCCAUCCGGGCUGGCGACUCCCUCGCCCAGAAGUUGGAAUUCUACCUACACAUCCAUUUUGCCAUCUAUCUUCUGAAACACUCCACAGGGAGACCUGACAAAGAGGAACUGGAUGAAAGGAUUUCUUAUUUCAAAACCUACCUGGAGACCAAAGGGGCAGCGCUGAGCCAGACCACGGAGUUUCUCCCUUUCUAUGCCCUGCCUUUUGUUCCCAAUCCCAUGGUCCACCCCUCAUUUAAAGAGCUUUUCCAGGAUCCUUGGACUCCAGAAUUAAAGUUGAAGUUGGAAAGGUUUCUGGGUUUAAUUUUUAAAGCCAGUAACACGCCGAAGCUUUUAACAUUAUAUAAGGAGAAUGGACAAAGCAACAAAGAAGUGUUGCAGCAACUCCACCAGCAGCUGAUAGAAGCUGAGCGUAGGUCAAUGACGUACUUGAAACGGUACAAUAAGAUCCAGGCGGACUACCACAAUCUCAUCGGAGUCACGGCAGAGCUGGUGGAUUCUCUGGAGGCCACAGUCAGUGGCAAGAUGAUCACCCCCGAGUACCUGCAGAGCGUCUGCGUCCGCCUCUUCAGCAACCAGAUGCGGCAGAGCCUGGCGCGCAGCGUGGACUUCACGAGGCCCGGCACGGCUUCAACCAUGUUAAGAGCCUCCUUGGCACCCGUGAAAUUGAAGGAUGUCCCAUUACUGCCCUCCUUGGAUUAUGAGAAACUGAAGAAGGAUUUGAUUUUGGGGAGUGACCGCUUGAAAGCCUUUUUGUUGCAGGCUCUGCGCUGGCGCUUGACCACAUCGCACCCUGGAGAGCAGAGGGAGACCGUUCUGCAGGCCUACAUCAGCAACGACCUCUUGGACUGUCACAGCCAUAGCCAGAGGAGUGUGCUGCAGCUGCUGCACUCGAAGAGCGAGGUGGUACGGCAGUACAUGGCCAGGCUCGUCAACGCUUUUGCAUCCCUGGCAGAAGGUCGCCGCUACCUUGCCCAGAACACAAAGGUGCUGCGGAUGCUGGAAGAGAGGCUGAAGGAGGAAGACAAGGACGUCAUCACUCGGGAGAACGUUCUCGGGGCCUUGCAGAAGUUCAGCCUCAGGCUGUUUCAUCCUAGGCGCCCACUGCAGACAGCGAUGAUUCAAGAUGGCCUCAUCUUCUGGCUGAUUGACGUCUUGGAGGAGCCUGACUGCCUGUCAGACUACACGCUCGAGUACUCGGUGGCCCUGCUCAUGAACCUCUGCCUCCGGAGCACAGGGAAGAACAUGUGUGCCAAGGUGGCGGGCCUCGUGCUGAAAGUUCUUUCGGAUCUGCUCGGCCAUGAAAACCGCGAGAUACAGCCGUAUGUGAAUGGAGCUCUAUACAGCAUCCUUUCUAUUCCAUCCAUUCGUGAAGAAGCAAGAGCAAUGGGAAUGGAAGACAUCCUUUGCUGCUUCAUCAAAGAAGGCAACGCUGAAAUGAUCCGCCAGAUUGAAUUUAUCAUCAAGCAGCUUCGUUCAGAAGAGCUACUGGACGGUGUUCUUGAAUCUGAUGAUGACGAAGAUGAAGAUGAUGAAGAGGACCAUGACACUAUGGAAGCCGAUCUGGACAAAGAUGAACUGAUCCAGCCCCAGCUUGGAGAGCUCUCAGGCGAGAAGCUGCUGACCACGGAGUACUUGGGAAUCAUGACCAACACGGGGAAGGUGAGGCGGAAGGGGGCGGCCGGCGUGCAGUGGGGCGGCCCUGAGCCCCUGUGCCGGCCCAUCACUCCCGGCGGCCACAGGACCGGGUACCCAGCGCUGGAAGACCAUCCCAUCUCUCCCCAGAUGGCCAAACAUGCCAGAAACAGCUGCCUCCCGUCUCUGCCAAAUGCCCACCGUCCAGUCUGCAAGGGGGUCAUGCCUGGUCCUGAGCCUUGCACUUCCUCCUCAUCCACCAUCGAUGCCAAGUCGGGAGAGCGGUUGCCAGCAGGACGUCAGGGAGAGCCUCACCUGCCCCCAGCGGGGGGCCUGAGCCAGCCUAGGGAGGUGCCCUGUGCCCUGGACAGUGGCGAGACCACCAGGGAGUUUACACCAGGCUUCGCCUACAAGCCCCGGGCCCCCUGCAGCCCGGAGAUCCUGGACCUGAACCCACCCAAGGCCAAGGCAUCGGCUCUGGCCCCUCAUUUCUCCUCGUGUGGCCCACAGCAGGCCAGCCGCCCCGGCUCCACGGCGUCCGCCACGAGGAGCCUGCAAACUUGCCUAGAUUUUCUUCUCCAGGCGGCCAGUCUUCCAGGAAGUGAGGAUGGGUUCUUCCCCGGUGUCACCAUCCCGUUGCCCAGUGACCAGCCAACUUCCUGCCCUCAGCCAGCCAGCAGCUGCAGGUGACAGAUGUGAAGAGACAGUUGUCAGUGAGCCGCCAGGUGGCUUCAGGGGCUGAGGGGGACAGCCCUCCAGGCAUCCAGGACCAGGCCCACCACAGCCCAUGCCCCAGGGUCCUGCCACCGCCCUUCCUGCCCGCCCUCCCCCUGGCACCCAGCUGGGGGGGCAGCACAGCCAAAUCCAUGAGCCUGUCCAUCUCGUCCGUCUCGGGAGCUUCUGCGGAGGAGCCGGAGCCAGACCUCUCGGCCGGAGACGGGACCCUGGCCUCGGCGGAAACUGGCCCCCCUCACCCAGACCGAGUAUGAGGAAACAGAAGGGACUGAGAGUAACAGAAACUCAUUCUCAAGCCCGCUGCCUGAGCAGCAGACUUCGUAUUUUCUUCCUCUUUUAAAAUCUGGUAAGAAUGUGGUGUGUUCCCCUCUCUGGCUGGGAAUAUGGCUAUUCCAAGGCAGCCCCGUGCUUCUGCACGUGUGUUUUAAGGACUCAGAGCGCUGACCAGUUUAAAGCCAUUUCCCUCCCUCCAUUAAGACCAUAAGCACAAAUAGUGCCACAGGCAGUGUGACUGUCCCCCGCUGGUGGAGGCCUGUACUCGCUUCUUGCCGAGGGUGCCCUCAGGGCCCACGUCUGAGGACAGAGGAAGAAACUUCACUGCAGAGCCAGGAAUGUUACUCAAGCUAGUCGCAGGGUCUGACCUCUUCUAAAACACAAAUAUUGAAAUAAAAUUAUCAGUAUUUAGAUGGUACGUGUGUGUGUGUGUGUGAAUAAAAUCACAUGCUGCCCCCCAGGCAGUCCGUCUGCCCUGGCCAUGCCCAUUAGUGGAGACAUUACUGUGGCCCCACUGGACGUAAAUAAAGG